GCGGAUAAGAAGCCGUGGGAAAGAAUCAGACUCUUUAAGCUUCCUUAUAGAUUUGCAACGUCUUCCAGGAUUACAAGCGGUAAUCCAGGAUACUCACGUUGUAAAAUCCUUAGGUCCAGGAGUGCAGCAUUGUCUGCAUUGCGCACAUUGCUCUCUCGGAGUGUUUCUUCGUGCUGAAAAGGCCUUGCAAGCUCUUAGGGAAGCUUCCCAAAUCUCAGACGCACGCUCACCUCCUCCACCACACACCACCCUUUGCAGCCGCUCCUCCCUUAACCAAAAUGGCUGCCGUCGGUAUUUGCGCUCGCGCCGUCGCCACCCCGGCGGCGUUCGCUACCUCCAGCAGCAGCCUGAGCUCCAGCAGGGCGAUCGCCGCAUUCCCCCUUGCUUACCUGCAGAAUGGAUCCCGCACAGUCAUGAGGGCAGGGACCAGGAAGGUCACCCGCUCGACCAGCGGCCGCAAGCUGAACUGGAUCCCCGCAUACAAGGCAGACAAUGACUUGAAGAACCCCUCGUGGUUGGAUGGCAGCCUUGCCGGAGACUAUGGCUUCGACCCUCUUGGCCUUGGAAAGGACCCCGCAGCCCUCAAGUGGUACCGUGAGGCCGAGAUCAUCCACGGACGGUGGGCCCUUGUUGCCACCCUUGGCUGCCUGAUCGGCCAGGCCUUCAGCGGAAUCCCCUGGUAUGAGGCCGGUGCCGCCCCCGGCGCCGUUGCGCCCUUCACUUUUGGAACCCUUCUCGGAACCCAGAUCCUGCUCAUGAGCUGGGUGGAGGGCAAGCGGUGGGUCGACUUCUACAACCCGAGCUCGCAGUCGGUCGAGUGGGCUACUCCUUGGUCCAAGACUGCCGAGAACUUUGCUAACUACACGGGCCAGCAGGGAUACCCCGGCGGCAAGUUCUUCGACCCCUUCGGUUUGGCUGGGAAGGUGACCGGCGGCGCGUACCAACCCGACUUCGCCAAGCUGGAGAGGUUGCAGCUCGCGGAGAUCAAGCACGCGCGGUUGGCGAUGGUUGCGAUGCUCAUCUUCUACCUCGAGGCUGGCCAAGGGCUGUCCCCCCUGAGCCCCUUCGGGUUGUAGAUAGCGCAUACGGGUUGUAGCUAGGUGUUUGUCCUUGUAAUAAGUCCGUCACAGAUCCGUGUAAUAAGUUUCCAAACAGUCAGAUUGAACGGGCAGGUUCCAUAGGAGCUGGUUCGUGUCGACUCGCAGUCGUACCGCUGUGCCACGAUCAGGCGGCGUGGUCAAAUUGACCUUCUCCAAGUGUUUGUUUUGGAUGCAAGGCAACAGAGUUUCAAGUAUAAUCGAAUGUGAACGCCUUGUUCCAAUCCCUACAGCGGUCACUUGGACGCGCUGUUCUUGAUUAUAGGCAAUGCUCAACACACAUGCACUUCUGGCGGCCAUCAUGUAAUUGGUUCGAAACUGAUCG